UAGUUAUGAAUUAAUGAGUCUCUGUUGGAGAGCCGAACCUAAAGAUAGGCCAGACUUUAUGGAAAUCGCGGAUAUUAUUGGAGCCCUUUUGGAGUCUAAUGUUAGACAACAUUACUUAGAUCUGAACGAUCCGUAUCAGGAUAUGAACGAACAGAUACUCAAUAAUAAUGAUUAUUUGCGGAUGUCGUCAAUGCAUUCCUCGUCACGCAAUGAGAUUAAUGACGAUUAUCUUAAUAUGAAAGUGAAUGAGACGGACGGCGAACGCAAAUCAGAUCCACUCAUACAUUACGAUAACUUAGGAGACAUUCGGCCAAUCGAUGCCAACAUUACCGCUCCAGUAGUGGCGAUGGAAACGGUGCCUAUGAUUCAGUUGGACUCUUAUGGACAACGAUAUGAUGAGAAGAAUUGGAUCCACAAAGAGGGCCAAAAUAGCGAUUAUCUAACAAUGAAUUUAAAUAACUCUAUAAUUAAUAAACACGGAAACUAUAGUCAAACAAAUCACAACUACAGUUCAGAUUCAUCGGAUGUUUGCUUUCCGCCGCCAUAUAGUCAUGUCAUUUGAAUUGUUUAUAAUAACUAAGUA